AUGGCGCAACGAGAGAUUCCUGGUUUCUACUAUGAUGCGGAAAAGGGAAAAUACUUUCGAGUGCAGGCGAAUCAUGUGGCACCUCAGGGUGCUAAAUACUCGCAUGAAAAUGUGAAAAAGGAGAAGGAGAUGUCUAGAAAACGCAAGAGAACAGCCGCCCACCGCCAAAAACGAGAGACCCAAACCGUGCGCCGCUCAAAAAUCCUCGACUCGGCCUCUGCAGCAGGCAUAGCACUCUGGCGCGAACAAGGCCGCUCCUCACUUUUGAACUCUGAAGCACGUCUCUACGCCCUGUCCUCCCAGUUCCAGGGCUACGAAUCCCUUUCACUCAAUAGCUGCGAAAGCUGUGGCAAACGUGACAACAUACACGAUUUCUUCCUAGACGGAGAGAACGAUGCGAUUUUCAUGGCGCUUGGAUCGAGGAACUUUGGCAGGGUGCAGUGGUUGGGGAUCGAGAGGGAGGCCUAUGAUGUAGCGGCGUUUAGGAGUGAUAUCAGUAGUGUGUGCGUCAGUCAAAGCAGGACGUUGGUGGCGACUGCAUAUGACAGGACACAUCCCGGCAAUGUAUUCGUGGCGGGUAUGGCUAGCAAUAUCGAUGCAGCAGACGAAGGGCCGCCUAUCCUGGAUUCGCCGGCGCCGAGUUACUCCAUGCUGGGCAAAGACGAAACGGCACUCUGGACAGCGAGCCCUUGUCCCACAGGAGCAGCUAGAGAUAUCAUUGCCAUUGGAAGCACAGAGGGAGUCUACAUGAUGACAUCGGCAGGAGAUUUGCUGCAACACCAUGCGCUGAAGGAAGAUGUCCGCUCUAUCGACUGGUUGACACCAAACGUGGCUGUCGGCGGCACAAGGUCCAGCCCGGUUUACCUCUGGGAUGCACGAGCACGAGGUUCAUCCCUGCGCUUCAAGCACUCCAGCGGCGUAACCGGCGUCCGCAGUCUACACGAUGGGUCUCGCGUCCUGGUCUCCGGAUUUACCAGCACAAGUAUCUACGACACUCGCAUGACUUCCUCACCCAAAGGCCCUCAUUCACCAUCGCCAGCUCUACUGCGCUUAGCCCCUACGAAGACAGAACGGCCCAGUGUCGCCAUGGAUGUGCUUGCAGAUGCACAGUUGCUAGCAACCGCAGACGAUGAUAAUGUGAUCCAGCUGCAUUCGCUAAAGAGCGGGAGGUUGAUGGGCAGUUUGAGUGGAGCCAAUCCGAGCAAGGAGAAGGGAAGGAUCAACAGACUGAGAUUUGUUCAGAUGGCUGAUGGGAGGCCGACGAUCAUGGUGUGUCAAGGGUCGAGGCUGUUCGAGUGGUCUUGGGGUGGCGAUUUGGAUGAUGAGGGAUGA